GUCGGCUAUAAAGCCGGGUGACGCAACGCACCCGCCACAAGCGCGACUUUACGCAGCAGGAGACGCGACUUUACGGAGCUCCUUCUCACGCGACACCGGAGAGAUCUCACAGAAUGAUGCUGCAGCACCCGGGUCCCUCGCUGGCCGACAUCAGCUGCUCCGCCCUGGUGCCCUGCCUCUCCCCGCCGGGCUCCCUCACCCUGGACGACUUCACCAACUUCACCCCCCUCGUGAAGGAGGAGCUGCGCCUGGCCAUCCAGAGCAAGCGCCUCUCCAGCGGCCUCAGCGCCGACGUGAGCUCGGACGGCGCGAGCUCCGGCUCGGAGCGAGCCUCGGAGCGCCGCUCCGGUGGGUCCGGAGUCCGGAGAGAGGUCACACCUCAUGAGCACGAGAGGAGGAAGAGGAGGAGGGAGAGGAACAAAGUCGCUGCAGCCAAGUGCCGCAACAAGAAGAAGGAGAAGACGGAGACUCUGCAGCAGGAGUCGGAGAAGCUGGAGAGCGUCAACAGCGACCUGAAGGCUCAGAUCGAGGAGCUGAAGCAGCAGAAGCAGCAGCUGGUCUACAUGCUCAACCUGCACCGGCCGACCUGCAUCGUCCGGUCCCAGAACGGCCAGACGCCCGAGGACGAGAGGAACCUCUUCCUGCAACACAUCAAGGAGAGCACCUUGCAGCUCCACAGCGUCACCUCCACCACCACCACCUCCUCCGCCUGCACCUCCUCCUCGUCCGUGUCCCUCUCCUCGUUGUCGCCUCUCGACGGAGGAUUCCUGACCCUCGAUCACAUCCACUAUCCCGGUCACCUGUGAGCGAUCCGGCGGACACCUUCUUUUUCUUUUUCUUGCAAUGCCGCCGACCGGGGGGGCGUCGCAGAGAGGCCGGCUGGAGCCUCCGUAAGACUUGUCGUCCACGCCGUCCGGGAUGACUCCUCGGCCUCUCCUCUUCCACAACGCUGCUAUGAGAGACCUCAGCACCUCCCACUCCCUCGAAGCUGCCGCCCGGACAGGAAGCGUCCACGGCAGCUCCACAUGUAUUACGUUUGGAAACAUUACACACAAGGUCGUGGCCAAGGACAGAUGCCAAAGCGCUAACAAAAACACACACCAUCUCUUUUUGUUUUGUUUUAAAUUGUAUUUUUGAAUAGAUGAAAGUUCGAUUUUUGUACCGAAGUGUGAUUUCAAGGAGAUGGUUUAAAAAAAAAAAGGUUCAGCUGGACAAUGCUCCGACAAUGUUAUAUUUAUUGAGUUACUGUAUGACAUCCCUGUCUGCUCGGCCUUCGUUCUGGACCUGUCCUCCAGACGUUUCAGCUUGUUUCGUAUCAGCGGUCGCAGUUACAAAAAGGGAAAUGUACUUUGCGGGCAGGGUUUAUAGUUAUGCACAAAAAACAACAACAAUGUAAUCCUUUAUGCAGAUGACACUUUUUAUUAACAAGUGGACAUUUUUUCCGGCAAGCAAAACCGACCCUAAAGAACUUUAUUUAAUGGCUGCGUUCCUCUGAAGGAAAACUGAACCACCGUGUUGCUGUUUAUCUUCUGUGACGAGUGUUCUCGCAUAUCGGCUCAUGUCAAGUACCGAUUUGACACUAGCGCUCGAAAAAGGUUUUCAAAAAAAAGUCAAAAUUCCCUCUCUUAAUAGCUUUAUAUUGUGGAAAACGUCUUUAAAAAGACGCAUUCAUUCAAGUGUCUCUUCAAAACAGAGUUUUACAGGAUUACAUUUGAACAAAUCGCGUUAGAUGACAUUUUAAUUCACUCCAAAGUUAUGUUUUACUGAACGGAGCAUGAACGCAUCGUGAUCGUUGACUAACCCGCUUCAGGAUGUCUCAUCGUCCGGGAGACGGAUUGUUUCACCCCAGGUGUGUCGUACUCGUUUGCACACGUGCGGCACGGAUCAGGGAGCGAGUGAUGCGUCGUCGUUGUCAUGGUUACGACCCAAAGUAUCGAAUAUUGUAUCGACGUGUGCGUUAAUUCUGUGCUGCUGGAUGUAAACACCGGAUGCCUCUGGUCAGCACGGGAAAAAAAAGAUGGUUUAUUAAAAAUGAUAUAUUUUUGUCGUUAACUUGACAUCGUAAGUGACACGUUGAGCUGCGCGUUGUGAACUUUAUCUGUUAAUCCGGUUCAACCCAAACAACGCUCCCCUUUUCCCCUCUGUGGCCCUUUAAGAGAAAAGGGAAGCGGCGAACUUAAGGACAGAUAUGAGGAUGUUUUCUUGUUUAUUUCACUAAACACGGCGUCAACACAAAGUGAGCUAACGUCUGCGAGCCAGACGCUGAACCCCUCGUCGGGGAGCCUGAACAUUGAGCGUCCCGUUAGCGCCCGUUAGCGUCCCGUUAGCGCCUGUUAGCGUCCCGUUAGCUCCGGAGGAAGAACUCGUGCUGCACGUUGAGGACUGAAGUUGAUGUGUUAGAGUGGAAAGAGAAGGUUCAUAAAAGGACGCCGGCGUUCAGUGUGUUUGUUGUUUUUAUGGUUUAUGUCCCCUCAUGGCUCAUAGCUAAGAAGCACUGAGUUUGAUGCGUAUGUAUUUAAGUGUGCCUUCUUCCACUGGAGGCGGUCUUUGUGGGGUUUUUAUUUGUUUUGCAGCGUCGUGGCCUAAAAGGAAUAAACCGCACCGCUACUA